AUAUCACAACAUCAGCUGCCGGCAGGGAAUCCCACACCCUCACUGCCCUCAGCAUAUAAAGGUACUAUUAGCAGCACAUAUACAGGCAUAAUCCUAAUUGUCUCCUUUCUUUCCCCUUUGCUCCUAUCCUUGUGCCUCCCCUGCGCUCACAGACUAUCAACCAACAUCUGACCCAGCUUCACCAUGAGUUCUUGAGGGAGCUGAAGCUAAAGAAAGCGGCUGGUAAGAAACAAGCACACAGUCCUGCAGCUGAAGAAGAGGAGGAUGGAGCCCCUGCAGCAGCAGAUGAGGAAGCCCUUGAUACAGAGGACAAGGAAGAGGAAGCGGAAGGAGCUCCCGCUGAAGACCCUGCAGUGGAGGAGAAGAUGAUGGAGGAGCAAGCAGAGGAAGAAGCAGCUCCUGGAGCAGCAGAAGAGGAAGCUCUUGCCUCUCAGGAGAAAGAAGAAGGAGCUGAAGAUAAAGAAGAGGAGGAUGCUCCAACAAAUGAAGAAACAGCUCCUCCCGCUGAACAACAGCAAAUUCCUGAAGAGGAGGAGAAAGAAGAGGGAGCAGAAGUAGGAGGUUCUGCAGAUGAACAUCAAACCCCUAGAGUGGAGGAGAAGACAACGGAAGAGCAAUCUCCUGCAGUGGAGGAGAAAGAGGAGGGAGUUGAUGGAGAAGAAGAAGCUCCUGAGGUGGAAGAAAUCAUCAAAGACCCUCUGGUGGUGGAGAGGCCGACCCUCCGAAAACAGUUCAGGAAGGCCAUCAUGAAGAUGCUUCGGAGAGUUUGGGUAAUGUAUCAAUUUACUGACAAUUACCCAUUAUCUAGAGAUGCUAGACCUAUAGCCUUUAAUAUCAUAAGGAAACAAAUCAUCCGCUCAAUCACAACAAUGAAAAUCCUUCCAUCCAACCUGAAGAUAAUCCUCCCGGAAGCUGUGAAGUAA